AUGAUGCAAGUGAAGAGCUUCCUUGGGAUAACUUUGCAUCUAAUCCAUGACACCAAACUUGAAUCAAGAACUAAACCAAAGUCAUACUGCAGAGUACAUAGGAAGGAUUUUGGUUAACACAUUGGCUGACUGGGGAUUGAAAAAAACCAAUGUUGUUGCGGUUGUUACUGAUAGUGGUGCUAAUAUAAAAAAAGCUAUUAUAGACCAGUACACAGCCGAUAAACAUGUACCUUGUGUUGCUCACACAAUGUAUCUAGUAGUUGUAAAAGGAAUUGAGAAAACACAAGAAAUUGACAAAGAAACCAAAGUUAAAUCUGGUGGUGUUCCAGUCUUGGUAUCCAAAGUUAGAGAAUAGUCAAAUUUGUAAAGAGAAGCUCAAAAGUUAGUGACUUAUUGAGAAAGUAUCAAAAUAUUGAAGGUAAGAAAGAGGGCAGUAUUUAAAACUCAUUUUAGACAUCAGAACACGAUGGAAUAGUAUGUAUUACAUGAUUGAAAGAUUUUUAAAACUAACCAACAACAUAUCACAAAUGCUUCUCACUCUUAAUGGUAAAGAUAUACCAGAAAUGAUAUCUGGCCAUGAUAUAAGAUGUCUACAUGAGAUUUGUUUAUUGCUGAGACCAUUUGAAGUACUUACUAAAGAACUUUCCA